CACCGUAGACUUUAUUUCCUUUGGUGUUGGGAUAGCAAGGGCGUCUUCUCUUCCAUUUCUCUCUAUAAAAAGAAAGGCAAAUCUUCUCCCCCAUCGUGUCUGUAACUCGCUUCCACUUCUCCUUUGUCUCUUGGGUUUGGGUUCUUGAAAUCUCACGUUCUGCUGUGAAUACAGAUAUUUCCAAGCUUGAAUGCGCAACAGAUAGCAAUUAAAGGGGUUCUUCUAGCAAACUUUGUGGGUCUUUUUAUAGUUAAAACGAUGUUGGGUGGACGGGUUGUUAAGAUUUUAAUGAGUAGUUGCCUCUGGUUAUUGCUUAGCUGUAGUUUGAGCUACGGUACUGAGACUGAUAUUGCUUGCUUGAAGAGUAUAAAAGCUUCACUUGAAGACCCUUUUGGUUACUUGAAGUCUUCAUGGAACUUUAACAACAAUACUGAAGGUUUUAUUUGUAGAUUUACUGGGGUUGACUGUUGGCAUCCUGAUGAGAACAAGGUCUUGAAUCUCCGGCUUUCGGACAUGGAGCUGAAGGGUCAGUUCCCUCUUGGCCUCAGGAACUGCACAAGUAUAACUGGUGUAGAUCUUUCAAACAACGACCUGGUUGGAACUAUUCCAACCAAUAUCUCUAAUAUCACUCCAUUUUUGACAUCACUUGAUCUGUCAUCCAACAGUUUCUCAGGAACAAUUCCAGCAGAUCUCGUAAACUGUAGCUAUUUGAAUGUUCUCAAGCUAGACCGUAAUCGGUUUACGGGUCAAAUUCCUGCAGAACUUUCCUUGCUCAAACGGUUGAAAACAUUUAAUGUAGCUAAUAAUCUCUUGACAGGACCAGUGCCAAAUUUUACCACCAGCAGCUUCGGGGCAGAUGUUUAUGCAAAUAAUACGGGAUUAUGCGGAAAGCCUUUAGAUGAUUGUCCUGGGACUCCAAAGGGAAGAAAAGACUAGAUCAUCAAAUUCAAAAGACCAGAAAAUUAGUUCUAAGGGAAAGAGAAGAAGAAAUUGGUGGAGAAAGGGGGAUAGAAAAUCUAGGCUUAGGUCAAAAAAUGAGAGAGAAAGUGGGGUGAGAGAAGACAGAAAACAUAUGAUUCUGUAAAGAAAUUGUUUUUUUUUUUUUUUUUUUGACAUUCUGUAAAGAAAUUGUUAUUCCAUUCCGUUACUGUGAUUUCUCGUACGUUGUGGUUAUAUUACUUGUAUUUCGUCAUUACUUGUACUUCUAAUAUUAAUAUUAAUGAAUAAAGGAACAGAUGUAGUAACAGUUUUUA